AUGCCAAAAUAUCAUUUUUUCAAAAUUAUUUUUAUAUUAUUUAUUUUUCAAGUGUGUUUUAAUAAUAAUAAAAAUUUAUUUGUUAAUUGUAUCGAUGACUAUUUUGUAUUCAAGUCGAUAGACUUGGGUUGUUUUUCAUACAGCGUAUAUCCUCCAUCAGGGACAAUCAUUCAAAAUUUAAAAUCUUUUGAAUUGAUGGUACAAUUCAAUUUAAAAGAUAUUUUAGUCAACAGUAAAAAUAAUGUAGCUCCAAUUAUAUCAUUGGCAGAUAACGAUUUAUUAAACUAUAUUAAAUUAAAUAUACAACAAAAGCCAAUUUUUUUUGUAUGGGAUAAAACCACAAAUACAACAAUAUUACCGAGUUUAGCAACAAGUAAAAGAACAGAUAAUACUAUUUGGUUAACAUUCAAUGACUUGCCAGUUUCAAAUAAUUUAUACUUUCUAAAUGAUAUUGGUAUUCAAUCAAAUUUUCAGUAUUUGGGACCAAGAGCAAUUAAUGUAUUUUCAACUAAUGGAGUCUCACCACCGAAAAUUGAAAUAAACUCAUUUUUAAACAGUUGCCCAACUUUAAAUAAGCAAUCAUCAAAUGAUUUUGAAACCAAAUAUUACUAUAAUAACCCAAGUAGUCCCAAGUUAUUUUCGUCCACUAUUAAAGUCGAAAGCUGUAGUUCUCAGGUUAGAUUAUGUGAUGCAAAUCAAAAGUAUUAUUUCUCUAUCGUGGUUCCAGUAUCCGUAGCUAAAGGUUCCCUUUCAACUGUCAUCAAUACAAUUCAAUUUCAAAAUUUCCAAUAUAAAAUUGAAGAUUUCCCAAUCACUUUUGAAAUUAAAGAUGAUAUAGCAGUGGUAAUUCCAACCAAUAUCAAUGGUUAUUAUACUCCUCCAUUAGAAUUAAUGCUAACAAACCCACAGUUUCAAGAUUUACCAUUUAUUGAUUUUAAUGUGAUGGAUGAUUCUUUGUUUGAAUCUAUUAUCAAAAGUACAGUUUAUGACCAAGUUUAUAUUUCAUCAAGCUCAUUCGAAGAUAGAUCAACUUUAUUUACGGUCAAACAAGAAUUUACGGCCCAAUAUUUUAAAGAGAAUUAUUUUAAAAUGAUGUUUAUUUUUACAUCAAAGUCAAAUCCAUCGCAGAGAAAAAUUUAUAUUUUGGUAGAUAAAGAAAGAGUUUAUGAGUAUUUUUAUGAAUUUGUCGAGUGUUCACCAAGUUCAAUUAGAAAUUCAUUUACCGUUAACUUUGCUGGCAAAAGUACCUACCAUAAAAUGAUAUUUUUAGACAUCUUUAAAUCCCAAGAAUUUUUAUUGAACCAAAUAAAAUUUAAUAGGGACUUAAAUAUAAAAUUUGGUACGAGUGGCGAAAUUAAAGUUCAACUAAGCUCAAGUUCAAGUUUGACCGAGGUUUAUUAUAAUCAAGAUAGUAGUAUCUCUUGUCAAGUUGAUUUUGGUAUAUCAUCAACUCAGUACCAAUCAUUGGUAAACAGUAACUAUUUGUCAUUAACCAGGGAGGGAUUACCAUUUGAUAGUUUGAUCAUCCCUAAAUCUGCUUUUGGUACAGGUAUGAAUCAAAUCGGGGUAAAUAUUACAGAUUGGUAUAAACAGGUUGGGUUUUGUAAUUCUCAUCACGGUACCGGUGUUAACAAUCAAAUUCAACAGUUUAAACAAAAUGGAGGUUAUACAGUGGAUGUAAUUAUGCCAAAUUGGGCAAAUGUAGCAGGUUACUCUAUUGGUGCAAAUUCAAUUAGAGAGAAUCGUACUAUUAUCAAACAAGAUACAAACGAAAUGGUUAUGAAAUUGAAUUCAAAUCAAGCAAGUUUCAAAUUUCAAAUUAAAUCUUUUAACUUUUUGGAGCCAAUGAUUCAUCAAGAUAGUUUGGUGGUUACAGGUAUUACAGGUCAAUUACCAGGGUUAGAGUGUAAGGGCCAGUUCCAAGUUGAGGUUUUAAAUUUUGGUAAGCUGGAUGGUCUAGUGCACUUUGAUGUAGAUUGCCUACAAGAUGUUACACUUGAGGUUUUGGACUAUGCAAAAACAAUCCCUUUUUUACAGAGAAGAUUCUUCUAUGUAAAUGUAAAAAUAGAAAAAUACUACAAAGGUCCGUUAGAAUGCCAAGUUUCAAUGUCUCUAGAUAACAAGCCAUUGUGGAGUGCACUAAAUAAAUCUUUUCAAAAGAAUGUAACCGUUCCAAUUUUUAAAGGAUGUAACAUACCAGACCCGUGUGCAUCAGUAAAAGGUGAGCCCAUAAUUGCAAAGGAUAUUCCAGCUUAUGGUAUUCAGCAGGGCAGCUGGUUUUCAUUAGGAAACUAUUUAAACUCAAUCGAAAUUAGCACAAUGAUAACCAAUGCUGGCACUCAAAGUGGUGACUUUAAUUCAACAUUAUCUUGUAAAGUAAUUAAUCCACCAAAUACAAAGGCAAAGUUGUUUUUUUUAAAUAACGUUAAUUAUUUCAUAACCAAAAAUUUAGCACCAAACCAAUCAUCAAUAGUAAAGCUUUUAUUGUAUGGUGAAUCGAGUCCAUUUCAAAAUGUUCAAUUAAAUUGUAGUAUAAUUUCAAAAAUAAAUCAUCCAAAUGUACAAUGUUGGCCCAACUCAUUAGAUGAAACUGUAAUAUCAACUGUUGUACUAUAUCCCUAUGAUAAAUGCGUAAAAGAUGGUGACAGGAGACCAGAACCCACUAUAGAGCACCCAAAACUGGACUAUAUUAAAGGAAAUGCUCAUUUAUUUUAUACGACCAUACCCUCUUGGGCUUUGGUCGAUCCAUCUGGUAUUGAUCCUAAUGUUAUUCCAGCCAAACAUCCACUUCAAAUUAAUUCAAAUGACCCUGUUUUGCAAUCUAGUAUAAGAAAAAAUGAGCCAGAAAUCGAAAAAAUAUAUAAUUCUUUCCCAUUAAUCAGGAUUUUUAAUGGGGGUGACUUAAGAGGUACUUUUAAUAUAGAGAUUAGUAAUUGCAGCAAAGAAAUGGUAUUGUUGACAUCUGAUAAAUUUUCUGUUGAUGUAGAACCAAACGCAAUGGUUGGUGUUUAUCCAAGAUUCUUCACCCGUGCAACAAAUAUAGUUGGCUAUAACGUCGGUUGUUCGUUAUCUAUCAAUAUAAAAAUGGAAGAAUGCUUUAGCAAUAUAGGGAAAUCUUUUUACCAAAGCUAUUUGCCUUUAUUCCCAAUCUAUCGUGCAUGUGCAGGUAACUGGCUAGAGCCAUCGCUUUACGAAACUUUAGAGUACUGGGCAACCAAUGGAGGCUCUAAUAAAUACAAGUUACCAAAUGUAAAGUCAAAUUGGUUUUACUAUGGAAAAUAUAGUGAUAUAGAUGGUUUAGAAAAAAAUUUAUAUUAUCAGGAUUUAACACUGGUUGUAGAGAACACUGAAUAUGGUGAAGGAAUUGUUAAAUCAAGUUUAAUUUGUACAAGUGUUUCAGGAAACUCUCAAUUAUUGGUAAUAAAUAAUGAAAAAACAACACAAUGCUCAUUAAAUGCAAAAUCAACCUGCUUCGUCAAAUAUAGAGUUAUUGGUCCUCCAACAUUACCAGCCACAUUAGAAACCGAUCAAAUUUUAUGUACACAAACUGUUGUUAUUGAAAGUAGAGCGGAGGGGUUAUCCAAUUGUUGGAAUAAAGAAGGAAAGUCUGUGGUGGAUACAUUCAAUUUAACCAAAUUUGAAGAUCCAUGUAUUAAAGGCUUGGUUGAAGAGGUAUUUAUAUCAACACUUGAAAAACAAUCAAUAGAGAUUAAGAAAUCAGAUUGGGGUUUACAAGAUUCUGAAACCUUUUAUUAUAAUUACAAUUACUAUCAAAAUGAGCAUAUUUCAAGUUCUUUAAUUUACUAUACAAUCAAAACGGUAGUUAUAGAGAAUAAGGGAGAUGGAAAUGGUACAGUUAGAGUAUUGACCACAAUUGACAAUCCUAAGGUAUUUUUAAUUUCAAACUCUUCAACUAUGGUCUGCAAUAUUAAAUCCAAAUCCUACUGUUCAUUUUCAUUAAUGUUUGGAUAUAGACCAUUCAAGGGAUUUAAUGAAACCGAAGCAUAUUUCUUUAACGAUUUAGAAAUUAAAUUGACAUUUGUAGUUGACCCUAAGCUAUGUUGGUCUUCGGUAGGCAAGUCACUUGAUUUAAAUAUAAAGUCAAUUUUACCAAAUUUACCUUGUGGAGUGGAUUCAAACAAUGUUGAAAGUGAAGAUUUGUAUGAUCAAAUUCCUCAAGUGUCUCUAAUAUACCCGAAAGAAUAUACUUUUAGAAACUUUAAUUAUUAUAAAUCAGACUCCAAUCCACUAAACUUAAUGUUUUCAGAAUGGUCGCCAUUGUCAGCUAAUAUUGGUAAUAUCACAAUCGAAAAUAUUACAAGUGAAAACUAUCAAAUCAAACUAAUGGGUUAUAUUUAUAAUAUGGGUGAUGGGGGUGGUAUGGUAACAUUUAGAUUGGAAUGCAGAAAUCAAUAUAAGGUAUCACCAGUGACCAUUGAUGUUCAAGAAAUUGUUACAUUUAUAAAUGUUGGGGAUUAUUUCAACUUCAAAUUUUUAAUAAACCUAAAGAAAUCAUCAAUCGAUCCUUCCAUUAUUAAUUUUAGGCCCAUUAUUACAUGUUCAGUUUCAUCUAUUGUUAACAGUGAAAAAUGUUGGAAUCCAUAUGGUAAGGUGGUAUACCAAGAUGUAAUUCUUCCAUUGGACUACUUUAAACAAGAUUCGACAGAAAAACCAGAUGUAAAUUUAUUGGUUUUUACAUUGGUCCCAGUUGGUGUGUUAUUGCUUGUUGUUUUGCUUGUAUUAUUUGUUCAUUACCACAAGUUCCUAUUGCUCAAGUUUAACCAAUGGAGAGCUGAAAGAUACCAAAACAAAUUAAUCAAACCUAAAUCUGCAGAAAUGAUUAAACCAUUAUCUCUAUUAGUAGAGAAAAUUAAAAUUGAGGAACCAAAAGAAACCGCUUCUGUACAAAAACCCACACUUGUAGAAUCUAAACCAUGUGGUUGUGGUGAACCAAACCCAGAAUACCAUUGUGAUAAAUGUAAAAUAUCAAUUCAAGAUUAUUGCGCUUCACCACAAUGCAGUAAUUUAAUUCAUUCAUCAACUUUAGAAAAUUUAAAUCACGAGCAUGAACCAAUCAAGUUGAUAGUUUAUAAUGACCCCAGAAAUAUAUUAAAUCUAAAGUCUUUGGUCCAAAUGUAUAAACCAAAUGAUGAUAAAGUCGAAAGUCUUAUUAUAAAUAAAAUAAAUAAUUUUGGAAAAUAA